CAGCGUAGGAAGGGCAACCGAGCGAAGCUCUUUCUUUUUUUUGGCCGUGCCGUGAAGUGAAAUUGUAUCGUAUGUUAGUUAGAGAGGUUGGCGAACUACUACGAUCUAUAGAUUUCCCAUCUAUAUCCAAUCCCAACGAGAAUAGAAGCGAGUCACUUCCGGCCUGUCUUGUAGUCGUAGUCUUUUAGCUUAUGUAGUCGUCGGCCUUCCUACAUGCAUGCGUCCGCCAGAAUGCCUCCUUGGUUCGGGACGAAGCCAAGCCGAUACAUACGAUAGGCAAAAGAAAGACCCCCAUUUCAUAGCGCCUGGGGAACGCAAGUUUGAUCGAGGAUUGGAGAGGAGAGGUGGAAGAAAGGGCUCGGGAUGGAUUUAGGAGUCUUUGUGCGAGCCGUAUGCGGUGAGAGUCGCACGUAUGGUAACAAGGGGGGUUCGCGUCUAUACGUGUAGUGUGGUGCUUUGGCCUACCCACCCUAUUUGUUCCAUGAUCUAUGGGUCUACUGGAGCUACCCACUUCGAUCAAUUAGCCAAGAUUUUGAUCAGAUAUGAAAUCACUGGUGCUCGAUCUAGUGGUAUUUUUAUUGGGAUUCUAUUUAUCGCUGUAGGAUCCCUAUUCAAGAUCACUGCAGUUCCUUUUCAUAUGUGGGCACCUGAUAUCUAUGAGGGUUUACCCACCCCGGUUACAGCAUUCCUUUCUAUUGCGCCUAAAAUCUCUAUUUCUGCUAAUAUUUCACGUGUUUCUAUUUAUGGUUCUUAUGGAGCUACAUUGCAACAAAUCUUCUUUUUCUGCAGCAUUGCUUCUAUGAUCUUAGGAGCACUGGCCAUCAUGGCCCAAACAAAAGUAAAAAGACUUCUAGCUCAUAGUUCAAUUGGACAUGUAGGUUAUAUUCGUACUGGUUUCUCAUGUGGAACCAUAGAAAGAAUUCAAUCACUACUAAUUGGUAUCUUUAUUUAUGCAUCAAUGACGAUAGAUGCAUUCGCCAUAGUUUUAGCAUUACGGCAAACCCGUGUCAAAUAUAUAGCUGAUUUGGGCACUCUAGCCAAAACGAAUCCUAUUUUGGCUAUUACCUUCUCCAUUACUAUGUUCUCAUACGCAGGAAUACCCCCGUUAGUCGGCUUUUGUAGCAAAUUCUAUUUGUCCUUCGCCGCUUUGGGUUGUAGGGCUUACUUCCUAGCCCCAGUGGGAGUAGUGACUAGCGUUAUAGUUCGUUAGGCGGCCGGAAGGUUGCCACGAGUAAGUAAGAAAGGGGGACCGAAGGCAAUUCUCUGUGCACCGGACACGUAGCUUACCGAAUCCGUUGCGACACGGAUGGGAAUGCAUGCUACAAAAGAUAGGGUCGAGUCUGAUACAUCAACCGUCUACUCAAUAUCCUUGUAGGAGUUCACAAUGACUACACGAGAUGAACCUUGGUUUGGUGAAUUGAAGUUGGCCUUAAGUGUAAUAGGACUCCCAGUUACUGUGCGCGAUCGUAUACUGAGGUGCUCCCCGCUGGUUGUUGGAACGACGCAAGCAAGGCCGGGUCUCGAUUCAGAAAGAUGAAGGGCCUAAAAGUCUAAAUAGGGGGUGAAAAAUUCCCCAUCUCAUUGGGGGCGGAAAACGAAUCGAUAUCUCGAUGUGAUACAGCUCUUUCGAUUUUAGUUGGGAAAGAA